GUCAUCCAUGCCGUAGAUCUCGAACGGACGCCUCCGACGAAAGUCGGCUCCACAGUUGACCCUCGAACACUCAAAACUGUGACUGCAACUAGGCCGAUCGAUCAUUCCGCUGAGAGCUUUUAAGGGCUUCUGGCCCAGCUAGAAUCAAGUCCUUACCCACAGCAUUCAUCAUCUCUCACCACCGGUCGGCAGUGAGAUUUCUUUAUCAUGGCCCCAGCCUUGCAAAAGUACAGCUGGAUCCUCGCCCUCACCAGCAUCGCUUUCGUAUUCUCUUCAGCCUCCAAUGGUGCCAACGAUGUCGCCAAUUCAUACGCCACUUCUGUGGCCGCGCGAACACUGAAGAUGUGGCAGGCUGGUAUCCUUGCUUCUAUCACCGAGUUCGUUGGAGCCGUCGCUAUGGGAUCUCGCGUCACAUCCACGAUCAAGAGCGGCGUUUUCGGCCUGACCAAAUUCCAGCCGGCGCCCCCAACGUUCAUGCUGGUAAUGGGGUGCGCUGAAGUAGGCAGUGCGACCUUCCUCACUAUUGCUACGCUAUAUGGCAUGCCUGUCAGUACCACUCAAACCGUGGUCGGUGCACUCGCAGGUGCUGGUAUCGCGGCACAGACCCCUCUCAAGUGGGGAUGGGCCACUGGCAGUCUCAGCCAGAUCGCUGCGUCCUGGGCAAUUGCCCCACUUAUUGCAGCUGCAUUUGCCGCCAUCUUGUUCCUGACCAUCAAGUACCUCGUCUUGGACAGGGCAGACCCGAUGAAGUGGGGUAUGCGCAUGAUUCCUUGGUACCUAGCUUUCACAGCUGGUGUUCUGGCACUAUUCAUCAUUGACGAACUUCCCAAUAGCGAGUCGCUCGAAGAGAUGGGUCCUGGUAAGGCUACUGGCAUUAUUCUGGGUGUCUUCUUCGCCGUCCUCGCCUUUGCGUAUACCUUCUUCAUCCCCUACUUCCAUCGCCGUCUUAUUAUGAAUGAUGCUCGUAUGCGACCGUGGCACAUUCCUCUCGGACCUCUGCUCUACCGCGACGACCCUCCGAUCUACUGGCCUGGAAAGGGUGAUGAGGUGGUUACUGAUUACUACGCAAAGUCGUCCGUGGACACGCCUAGCCAGGAUCUAGAGAAGGCGCCCAAGGACCACGGCUUUGUCGAUGGUGCAGCCACUACCGACAAGACGGUCCACCAGACUGGCGAUGCUCAAUCGACUUCAAUCGAUGUGAACCACAGCGCAGACAACUCCACAACAGGACGUGCUCCUCACGGGCUUUCUAUGCCCAACCCAAGAGGAGAUCUUGUUGCUCAUGUCGUUCUCAAAAAGCCCGAGCCGGAGGAGCGAUGGUUGCACCCGGUCCGUGAUUUGCCGUUCUACUCGCCCAAGAAGAUCGGGAACUGGGCCAAAUUCCUACUCCUCCAGGGUGUCAGCCGCGACGUUGUCACGCAGAAGAACCUUGGUGCUGUACAUGCUCGCGCUGUCGUCUACGAUAACCGUGUCGAACACUUGUGGACUUAUGCGCAAGUAGCCUCAGCGAUGAUGAUGAGUAUCGCACACGGCUCCAACGAUGUCGCAAACGCCGUCGGUCCCUGGGUAGCAAGCUACAACACCUACACCAGCGGAGAGGUGACAGCCCGCGCUGACACUCCCAUCUGGAUCCUUGUCAUCGCUGGUCUGCUGCUCGGUUUGGGAUUCUGGUGUAUGUAUCCGUCUCUUGCAUCGCUCAUAACGGUUUCGCUAACGACACCCACAGUCUACGGAUACCACGUCAUGCGCUCGCUCGGCAACAAGAUCACCCAAGUCUCGCCUACACGAGGUUUCUCGAUGGAACUUGGCGCUGCCAUCACCGUGCUUCUCGCUUCAAGACUCGCUCUGCCUGUGUCAACUACGCAGUGUCUGACUGGUGCGACGAUCGGAGUGGCGCUUUGCAACUUUGACGUUCGCGCUGUCAAUUGGAAGCAGGUAGCUUUCAUCUUCUCGUCCUGGAUCAUCACCCUGCCGACUGCAGGUUUGAUCUCUGGUUUGUUGAUGGCUAUGGCUUUGAACACGCCGCAUUUCUGAGUCACUGCAUUUCGCCCAUGACGGGAAGUGUGAUUGAUAAUAAGUGAGGAGUAUACAGUGCCCUCACAUACUUUAAUGAGAAACGAUUUU